AUGCCUACCCUAGUGGCUCAGCAUGAAAAAAAAACUUACACAGCUCUUUCAUUCCCAAACCACCCCUACAAACUCUAUGAAACCAGAACCAACUCUGCUCCACAGACAACUUCUGCCAACCACAAGACAAACCUCAUCAAAGUUGACAAGCCAGCAUCCUCAAAAGAUAGCACUGAAAAAAGAGGUGUUACCAAAUCAUCCGUUGGGAAAGAGGAGACACCAGAAAGCACACCAGUUACAGCUCAUGCCUCCACAGAUUCCAGUCCAUUGCAUGAUGUCUGCCAGCGGCCCAUUCAUUAUGAUCCAUCUACCAAUAUGAUACGGAAAGUAUUGAGUUAUGUAUCCAAUCCAGCUUUACACAAGAAUCGCAUGGAAUUCCGCGGUGUGGGAGCGCGGGAAUUCGGAUCAAUCGAAGAGAUUUUGAGCGCAACUUCCCGAUUUUCGACCAAGCCCAGGCAAGCUAUUUGUAGCUAA